AUGAGCCAGCAAAUCGUUUACAAGAACUGGCCCCGUCCGGCCCCCUCCUGGACUGAGGUCCUUUUGGACCUCGUCCACCACUACCUCCGGGUAGUCCUCCUUCACCUGGCCGCCAUCAUGGGGACGCCCCUUCGCGACCUUGAUUCCCUUUGGGAAAAGGUCGUGAAGGUGGUCGUCCCCUUCACCAUCAUAUGGGGCCUUUCAUGCUGGGGCGACGAUGAAAACAGGAGAGUGACCAUUAGGGUCCUCUCCUGGUUGACGUCAUCCGUCGCCAACGAAACUCUACAGCCCGUGUUGGUUGUGGUGGGGGCUUUAGUCUCCGCUGCAACCAUACCAUUCAGGUAUGUUCGGCGUCUGAACUCUCGUGUUGCGACAAGAGCUACGGCGCAUACUGUCAGAGCCUUCUGGCCCAACGCCGAGAAGUGGGGGAUCAGCCUCUUGGGGUUGGUCUUCUGCUGUGUGCGAAUGGCUGUGUGCGCCGUGGCGAUCGCCUCGUUUAUGGCGGUUGUCGUAUAUGUGCCGAAUCCCUACCAAAUACACGUAGGGUUCAGACGCUGGAGGACGCGGGUGGCAGAUGAUGUUUGGUGGUGGUUGUUCCCCUUGCCCCCGGUAGAAAGGUCAGUCAUUCCUCUGAUUCGUCGUAAACGGAACUUCGAGGAAGAGUUGCGAAUGGCAGAGGUUGAUCUUUAUCUUGUCUUCCCCCGCCACCACGUUUUCCCCAGACCUCUGCCUGCUUCUCGUUCUCCACUCCCGACGUCAGCAUCCCCAACCCCGAACCAUUCUCCCUCGUCUACUCACCCGGCGCCGCCGCCUCCCUCUGUUGCCAGACCAGCUGGUGGAAGAACCACCCAUGCCCCUGUCCCUCAGAGGUACAAGGACAGGCCGAAGUCCAAGUACUUCCGGGGGCCGCGGUGGUCUCCGAUCCCACUGGUCUAA